GAGUAUUCAAAUAUACCACCAAAACCGUCUCAACUUUUCCUUUAUUUUUUUCUCCUCAUUUUUUUCUUCAGAGAUGAAUUGUUUCCCAUGCACUGAAUUAUUCAAGAAGAGAAGCAAAUUGAAAGAUUCGUUCUAUUCGGAGAAACUCAUUUUUGGUGAUAUUGCAGGAUCCAGUAACCUUGCAGCAAAGACUUUUACAUUUGAGGAAUUAGCCAAUGCAACGAGAAACUUUCGAGAUGAUUUUAUUCUUGGAGAAGGAGGCAGUGGAAGAUUAUACAAGGGGCAGCUUGAUGAACAGGUUGUUGUCAUCAAGCAGGUUGAUCCAAAUGACAACAGGAAAUUUCUUGUUGAAGUGCUGAUGUUAAAUCUGUUACACCAUCCUAAUAUUGUAAAUCUAAUUGGCUACAGUGCUGAUGGAGAUCAUCAUAGACUUCUGGUUUACGAAUACAUGCCCCUAGGGUCUUUGAAAGACUAUCUUCAUGAUCCUUCACCUGGUAAUAAACAACUUGAUUGGGACACCAGAAUGAAAAUUGCUCUUGAAGCAGCAAAGGGGUUGGAAUAUUUACAUGAUAAAGCACAGCCACCAGUAAUACACCGUAAAAUCAACUGUUCCAACAUCUUGCUUGAUGAGGGAUAUCAACCCAAGCUAUCUGACUUUAGCUUGGCCAAACUGGGGCCUACCGAUGACAAACACAAUGUACACGUGAAAUUCGAGGGUACGAUUGGAUAUAGUGCACCCGAGUAUGUCAUGAACGGGGAGUUGAGUGUAAAGUCGGAUAUUUACAGCUUUGGUGUUGUCCUUCUGGAGAUUUUUACUGGGAGGAAAGUGAUAGAAACUUCAACAGAUGGAGAAGAGCGCAAUCUGGUUGAAUGGGCAACUCCAUUGAUCAAAGAUGAGAAAUUCUCAGAAAUGGCAGAUCCAACACUUCAAGGCCAUUUUCCAGCAAAAGGUUUACAACAAGCUCUUAUAGUCGCAGGAAUGUGUGUUGACGAGCAACCUACAAAACGUCCCUCCAUAGCAGAGGUGGUCACAUUUUUGACUCAUAUUGCUUCAGGAAAGUAUGAUUCUGAAAGUCGGGAUGUUAAAAGUUCAACCUAAACAUCUCGUAAUGCUCGCUGAGAAUAUGAGCAACUGGCAAGUUCAUAUGAAAUAUAUGAAAAACUCAGAAGAUUUAGUUGGUGUUUAAGUAAAUGUCUUAAUAUCAUUUCAUCAAAAUUUGGUUGAUACACUAAAGAUGGUUCUAGGCUUCUAGAAGAGCUUGUUAUCCACAAUAGUCAUUAUAGAUGAAUCAUAAUUAGCAUUAUGAACUGGCCAGUGCCAGGUCUGUGUUGAUGUAAAGUUGUGCCUUCAUACUUGAGUGCUGCACCUGUAUGUAUUCUGAAACAAUAAAUGAUACUGGAGUAUAAGCAUAUACAUAGAAUCUGGAUCACAAUUAUAGGUACCUGGGAGCAUACCGAUGGAAUGAACGAAAUAUCUUCUA